GGUUGCUGAGUUGUUACGUUGCUGGGUGUUCCCGCAGCCCAGCUGCCAUCAUGAGCCGGCCCAGCCGGCUGCAGAGGCAAGUUCUGAGCCUGUACCGCGAGCUGCUGCGCGCCGGGCGCGGGAAGCCGGGCGCCGAGGCACGGGUGCGGGCCGAGUUCCGGCAAAACGCCUGCCUCCCACGCUCCGACGUGCUACGCAUCGAGUACCUCUACCGCCGCGGGCGGCGCCAGCUACAGCUGCUGCGCUUCGGACACGCCACGGCAAUGGGCGCCUUCGUGCGCCCGCGGGGCAGAACCGAGGAGCCCGGCGGCACGGAGACUGUGGGGAUCCCGUCUGACGACGAUGACGAUCCAAGGAGCCCAAGGGCACCGGAGACCCGGUCCGAAGGACAGUGACAUGCAAAAGGGCUCGCUCGAUGGCUCAGGGAAACUGGGGGACCUGCCUGGUUGCGUGGGGGUGGGGCACCAGGGAACCCGCCUGAUAAAAGGUGGGAAGUCUUGAGAGACUAGCUCGACGAUUGGGGAAACGUCUUCUUGGCGACGUGGAGGACCUAUAAAGCCCCGUGAUGGACCGCGAGAGAUUCCUGACCUUUUCCGAUGUAUGAUGACAGGUCGGACCCCUCCAUGAAGACUUGGGAGUGCCUGGGGCACCAGCGAGCUGGACAAUGUCAAGCUGAGAUCUACUUAUCCAAAGACAUGGACAGAGAGAAUGUGACACCCUUCUCUUGACCUCGAAGAACAUACUCACCCCGGCUCCUCAAGGAGAGUGUCCUUUUCUGUAUUUAACUGUGAGAAGAGCAGGCUUUUUGCUGAGGAGUUUGGGAAGAUGCCCUGAUGAAUGGUGAGAAGCCCGGAAUCCCCCCUUGGAAAACCUUUCCCCUAUUAAUUGUGGUAAACCAGGACCAUGAGGAAAGAUAGGGGUCUUUCACCUCAGCUGACCAACUAAAGACCCCUCAAGAUCCCUACUUGAUGGUUCUGUGGGGCAACCCCGGCUCCUUUGCCCCUUCUGCCUCAGAAAGGGCUUAACAAAGGGAAUAAAAUUGGAAAUGCGCUUA